AUGGAGAACCUCGAAAAAGAGGGCAAGAUUUUCCCCCAAUUUUCGAGUCCAACAAUGUCCCGACAAGAAUUAUUAAAUCCAGCAGGUCUACGUAUCGAUGGACGUCGUGUAACUGAACUUCGCAAGAUAAAGUGUAAACCGUCCGUAUUACGUCAAGCGGAUGGUUCUGCUUAUAUCGAACAAGGAAACACCAAAUGUUUAGCUGCGGUUUAUGGACCUCGUGAGCCUCGAUUGAAAUCGCAAAUAAUACAUGAUAAAGCUAAUAUCAAUGUUGAACUUAGCUACGCGCCAUUCUCGACUAGCGAGAGAAAGAAAAGAGCAAAGACUGACAAACGUAUUCUAGAGAUUGCCUCGGCGGUCAAACAAACUUUUGAGCCGGUAAUUCUUGCAAAUCUGUUCCCAAGGUCACAAAUUGAUAUCUACUUGCAGAUACUACAAUUCGAUGGAGGAACCGUACAAAUUUGUAUUAACGCUGCAACAAUGGCUCUCAUAGAUGCAGGCGUGCCUAUGAGAGAUUACGUUUGUGCAUGCACGGCAGGCUACUUUGAAAAUGAGCCUGUAUUAGAUCUGAACAACACCGAAGAAUCAUCAGACAGUCCGGAGCUUACGGUUGCAAUUCUGCCCAAGUCUGGGAAAGUGACACUCUUACAGAUGGAAUCACGACUGCAGGUCGAAAAAUUCGAAAGUGUCAUGAAUUUAGCAACGGAGGGGUGCAAAGCUAUAUACAAAAUUCUGGAUAAAUCAAUUCGCGAUAAUAUGAAAGAUGCUAUUUCAAAUACGAUAAAGUUCUAUUGCAAUGUCAGCACUUUAUUAAAAGAAGCCGAAAAAUUACAUUAUUACGAUGAAGCCGAUUCUGAAAGUAAUGAUGAAGAAUCAGACGAAUAUCAAGAAUUUGAAUCAGAAAAUUCGAUUUGCUGCUCAGAACAAAACUAUCAACCAUCAUCAUCACAACCGAAUAAUUCGAAUAUUUCGAUAAUCACGACCCUCAUCUUGAUAAUUGGCAUUUUUUUAGGAAUUUUUACACUCCUGAGACCUAAUUUUUCCUAUUGGAUAGCUUGUCUUUCUUGGUAG